CUAUGACUCAUUUGAUCCCAUUGGAAAGGACAGACAGGCUGUGGUUUAUUUUAGUUAUACAAUUGUUUUCCUCAAUCCCCGGACUGGUCUGCUUCGCAAGCGUUCCCGGUAGUCUCGCGAUGUUGCAUCUCCGGGUUUAGAAACUCUGACCCCAUCGAAUUAAGUAUCUAUUUUCCCACAAUGCAAGCGUCAUGUAAACAAAGGACAACGACAGGAAGGGAGACUGAAAAGUUCUAGCUAGUUGAGUACCUAGUUACAAAUGUGCAACUUGCUACAGCAUUUCUGCAAUGGAUAUACCAACAAUAUACAUAUAUUUAAGUAUAUAACUAACCAGUUUGACAUAGUUUGUAUUGUUUUUCGGUUGUCUCGUGUGGGGUCUCUACUUCCAGUUAGCUUGCUACGGUAACGUUAGUUAACUUGCGUGCCUAGCAGCUAACAGUAGCUAUAGUACUUUGUCUCAAAAUGCAUCGGUCUUGGCAGUUUCAUAUGGAAACAGUUUUUAAAAGAGGGUGACGGGUAAUAUCAAAAGUGAAUCGAAGUAAAGAAGAUCAAAGGGGGAGUUAUCGGUGUCUUUGCUUUUACUAGCAGCAGGCUGUAUCUAUCAGGCUUCUUCACCAAUCAACAGCAGUUGAAAAACAUACUGUAGAAAGGGAUGACAGCUUUUGGAGGACAACCUUUGUGGCCAUCAUACAUCCAUGAGCCUCCCCACGUCUGAGGGACUUCCACAAUGAAGAAAAUCUGUCUGAAAACGAUACGAAAGUCAUUCAACCUAAAAAGCAGAGAGGAGGGAAAGGAUAUUGUACCACAGCCAAAUUCAGCUACCGACAUCUCAACAGAUUCAGUGUUUGGAAAAUGUUACAGCAAAGAACUUGUUCGCAACGACUUCAAUCAUGAGGAGGAGAAAGGCCCUAAGAACCGCUCCAAGGGUGAGAGUCUUAUGGGAUCACUGAAAAGAAGGCUUUCGGCAAAGCAGAAAAAUAAAAUAAAGGAAAGUUCCACAUCGGUGACCAGUGAAGAUGACACAUUCUCGUGCUCCUCAGCACCCAUAUUCUUUAAUGAUGUCAAAUCACAACACCAUCUAAGAUCUAAUAGUCACCAUUAUAGCCCCACGCCAUGGGCCCUCAGGGCAGCAAAUUCUGAGGAAACAUGCAUUAGGAUGGAUGGGAAAGUGAAAGCUAUGAUACAUUCAUCAGACCCAAGCCCAUCUCUGAAUGGCAUUCUGAAAGAAUUCCCAGACCCCCAGAGGGAAACGCUUUUUCAGGAUUCAACCGAGAACACUAAGCCUCAGAAUGGUGAUUUGCAUCUAGGUAUUGAUCAUGAAAAUGUACCUGCCAUCAUUGGACUAGCAUCUCAGGACUAUAUACACUAUGCAAUGCCUAUAGAUGAUGAACUUGACCCUGCAGAAGGUUUGGAUAGUUCCUCUCCAAUGCAUGAGGUGCCUCAGCCUGAGCAAUUCCCUCCUUUUGCAGAUGAAGAGCCCAUUGACCAGGAGAAGCUGAUAUCACCAGAUAUAUUCAUGGACCCAUCGGUGAAUCGACUGCUCUCUGAUGCUGAAUGUGCCUUGAUUCAGGACUCUAGAAUAGAGCCUCCUCUCUCCCCCUUGCUCUCUCUACCACCUGGUAGUCACAUCCGAAGGAGUUUUCUAGUAUAUGGUGGUUCUUCUCACUCACAUGGUGCAGAGAGAGUUUUGCAUCAUCUCAACUUUGACCCCAAUUCAGCCCCUGGCGUUGGCAGGGUUUAUGAUGCUGUUCAGCACAGCGGGCCCAUGAUUGUAACCAGCCUUACAGUAGAGCUAAAGAAACUGGCCAAGCAGGGUUGGUACUGGGGUCCUAUAACGCGUUGGGAAGCUGAGGAAAAACUUGCCAGCCUGCCAGAUGGGUCAUUCUUGGUGCGAGACAGCUCAGACGAUCGCUAUCUUUUGAGCUUGAGCUUUCGUUCACAGGGUAAGACCCUCCACACCAGGAUUGAACACUCCAAUGGUAGUUUCAGUUUCUACGAACAGCCAGAUGUGGAGGGUCACAUAUCAAUAGUGGAACUCAUAGAAUGUUCAAUCAUAGAUUCUGAGAGUGGAGCCUUCUGCUAUUCACGAUCUCGCACACCAGGGACUGCAAUGUAUCCUGUCCGACUUACAAACCCUAUCUCAAGGUUUAUGCAGGUGCGCUCCAUGCAGUACCUCUGUCGGUUUGUCAUCCGUCAGUACACACGGAUCGACCUUAUCCAGAAGUUGCCUUUGCCAAACAAGAUGAAAGAUUACUUGCAGGAAAAGCACUACUGAAGGGCUUAAAUUAAACUCAGUUGGACUUUCUUGCACAUUUUUGAUCAGUGAUAUAUUGACUUAGUCCUCAUUUUUACAUUUUUUUUUUACCCUUUUUCUUGGCUGUUACAAAUACUUUUUGUGAAUUUGAUUUCAAUACAUGUAACACAGUACAAUGUCUCCCUAUCUAGUGAUCUGUUCAACAGCCAAUGCCAACAACUGAUAUAUAUAUAUAGAGCAUACAGUUAUACUCCCAACCUCAAAGCAAAGGAUUGAAAUUGAACCGUAAUCAAAUCUAUAUUUAAGAAAUUAGCAUUGGAUUAUUUCUUUUAAUUGUGUUUUGAUGAGCCAAGUGUUUUGUUAUAUAAAGCACAAAUGGUUCUAAUCGUUACUACACUCCACAUUUCUGCAUUGUCCUAUGUGGUUUGUUGUCUUACAUUAAACCAGUUUGUUAGUACUGUAGCUACUAGCUAGUAUGAGUUUGAUACCUGAAAGUUCUCUCUGCUCAGUCUUUAGUAAAGUUGUUUUUCUUUUGCUUCAGUGAUGGUUUCUCAUUGCAUGUUAAUUAUAUUGCGUAUAUGGAGAAUGAAAAUUUAAGUACAACACAUCUGAUGCUGUAAUUUGGGAGAACUAAUCGUCAUCGACUGUAUAGGCAUAAAUCGAGAUAAUGGCUUGUUUGUGCAGCCUAAACUUGACUGUUUGCCUGUCACUGUAAGUAUAAGGAUAAAAUGCCUCACCUUGUUACUUUUCAGGUCAUGAAAUGCUACCUACUUGUUUUGGUAUGUCUCACCCCUCCCUCCCUCUUGAAAGGCUGUACUUCAAUUUAUUGCACAUCUUCAAUGCAGUUAAAGGAGGGGUGUUUAUGAUUGUUAAUAAACUGCAUUCACAUAUAA